CCUUUGAGGCACGCCAUGCUGCUCCUCAAGUACGCCCUGGUGGCUCCGAGGAUGGCCCUGGUGGCCCGCCUCUCCCGGGUCCCAUGGGUCUCCAGGGUGCAGACCCGGGGCCCUAUGAAGCGGGAACUGUCCCAUGGCGCUGAUAGCCAGAGCCGCAGAAGCAGCAAUCCCGACAUUUACGACGUGGUCGUCGUGGGUGCGGGCAUACUGGGCCUGGCAGUGGCUCGGGCCCUGCUGCUCCGACAUCCGGGCCUGCGCGUUCUUGUGGUGGAGAAAGAGGGGGCCAUAGCGCAGCACCAGACAGGCCACAAUAGCGGCGUCAUCCACAGCGGCAUCUACUACCUGCCCGAAUCGCUGAAAGCCCGGUUGUGCGUUCAAGGCGCCCGUCUCCUGUAUGCCUACUGCGACCAGCGGGGCAUCCCCUACCGGCGCUGCGGCAAGCUGGUGGUGGCCGUGGAGCAGGCGGAGUUACCACAACUGCACGCCCUCCACCAGCGUGGCUUGCAGAAUAAGGUGCUGGGCCUGCGCCUGCUGUCCCCGCAUGACAUCCAGGUCCGUGAACCCCAUUGCCGCGGCCUUCUGGCCCUCGAGUGCCCCUCCACGGGCAUUGUGGACUACGGGCGUGUGGCCGCCGCCUUUGCCGAGGACAUUCGGGAGGCUGGCGGCUCUCUCUGCACCAACUUCGAGGUGAGCCACCUGGACUUGGCCCACCACUGGCCCGAGGUGCCCAUUGUGCUACAGAGUAUCUGGGGAGCCCAGGUGCAGGCACACUUCGUGGUCACCUGCGCUGGCCUGCAUUCUGACCGCGUGUCCCAGCUGAGCGGCUGCAGCUCCGAGCCGGCCAUUGUGCCCUUCCGCGGCGACUACCUGGUGCUCAGGCCAGAGAAGACCUUCUUGGUGCAGGGCAACAUUUACCCCGUCCCCAACCCCCGCUUCCCCUUCUUAGGAGUUCACUUCACGCCCAGGAUGGACGGCAGCGUCUGGGUCGGACCCAACGCCGUCCUGGCCUUUAAGCGAGAGGGCUACAGUCCGCUGGACUUCUCGUUCCGAGACACUUGGGACUCUCUGCGCCACAGCGGCCUGGCCCGGCUGGCGCUGCGCCACGCCUUCUUCGGGGCCAGCGAGCUGUACCGAGCGCUGUCCCUCACGGCCACGGUCAGGCAGCUCCAGAAGCUCAUCCCUGAGAUCACUGUCAGGGACGUCCAACGGGGCCCUUCUGGAGUCCGAGCGCAAGCCCUGGACAACCUCGGAAACCUUGUGGACGACUUUGUGUUCGACGGAGGGGUCGGGCCCCUGGCUUUCCGCGUCCUCCAUGUGAGAAACGCCCCGUCCCCUGCAGCCACCGCCUCCCUUGCCAUUUCCGAGGUGAUUGCCGAUGAAGUAGAACAGAGAUUUAAGUGGUAAAAGACUGAGAGAAAAUGACUGGACUAGUUAUUUUUAAGAAAAAGAUUGGUGCUAGUUAAGUCUUGAGAGAAUAUUAAAAUGUGAAAUGUGUACUAUGAAAGGUUAUUUUAUAACAGAAAAAAAAAAAAACCUGUGAUCCUUUAAAAAAAAUUUAUAUGAAACUCACUGAACACUUGCAAUCAUACAGUUGACAAUGAUUACUAUGCAGUUGCUUGUGGCCAAUCAAAAGGUGUUUUGAUUUGA